AUGACUAUGGGAGAUAUGGUCAGCGCCCAGUUUAGACUUCUGGAUCAUCUUGGGGUGGAAAAGCUCUAUGCUAGUGUUGGCGCUAGUAUGGGAGGAAUGCAAAGUUUGGCGGCUGGAGUGCUAUUUCCUGAGAGAGUUGGAAAGAUCGCAAGCAUCAGUGGUUGUGCUAGAAGUCAUCCUUACAGUAUUGCCAUGCGGCAUGCUCAAAGGCAAGUCUUAAUGGCCGAUCCGAACUGGAAUCGAGGAUUCUACUAUGGCAAGGUCCCGCCACAUUUAGGUCUUAAGCUUGCCCGCCAGAUCGCAACUGUAACAUACAGAUCCGGACCAGAAUGGGAGCAACGCUUCGGAAGACAGAGAACAGAUCCCUCACGCCCGCCUGCAUUAUGCCCAGAUUUUCUUAUUGAAACAUAUCUCGAUCAUGCCGGCGAAAAGUUCUGUUUGGAAUAUGAUGCAAAUAGUUUAUUAUAUGUUUCGAAAGCAAUGGAUCUGUUUGACCUCGGCGCAGAAUACCAAGAGGUAAUUCGAAAGCAGAGGGAACAAAAUAAACAUAAACUAUCUCCAAACCACGUCGAAGAAUUAAGCGAACAGAGUGCGAGCCAAUGCUCCCUGACACUUCCUUCGCAGCCUUAUACGGAACAACCAAGAGAACACAUUGAUGCUUCAACGACUACCGAUGAUGGAUCCAUACCUCCUGAUCUUGUUGCCGGGCUGGCACCGAUGAGAAACAUUCCGACCCUCGUUCUAGGUGUUACGAGUGAUAUCCUAUUUCCUGCUUGGCAACAACGAGAGGUAGCGGAGGCUUUGAAGAAAGCGGGGAACCGGAGGGUAACACAUGUCGAACUGGGAGAGGAUGUUAGUCUGUUUGGACAUGACAGUUUCCUGCUGGAUAUUAAAAAUAUCGGUGGAAGUGUAAAGCGUUUUUUGGAGGGCUGA